AUGAUAUUCAAUAUAAGUGAUACUUAUUCUUAUAUAAAUAUAAACAAAAUAAAUCUUACUGCCUUCCAACAGCAUUGCAGAAUGGCAUCAGAGAGCUCUAUAAAAGAGUUAGUUAAAGAAUCGUCUCUGGCGCCCUCUAGUGUCACUCUAUUGAACUAUGGUAUCUUAAAGAAAGUUACAGAAAGUUUUAAGGAACAACUUUCCCAAAGACACCUUAUACCUGAGUCUUAUGGUUUAGCUUUAUAUGGAGAAUCUGCCGUUCACAUGAAUAUAAGGAAUUGGCUUCAUUGGCUUAGUGCAAUGAAGUCAGAAAAUUUUUUUGAAAUUCACUUGGAAACAAUAAUAGGUAAUUCAAAUAGUUAUAAAACAUUGAGAAUAAAAUUAACGUAG